CCGCGGCCCAAAACCCCGGGGCGAGGCGGCCGGGGCGUGUGAGCCGCUCGCUGCUGCGCGCGCACGCGGUCCACGCGCGGCUCGGCCCGGGGCCCCUGCGCCGCGCGGACUGCCUCGCCCGAGCGGGUCCCCGCGCUUCCCGCCUCGCCGCCGCGGCCGCCUCCGUCCGAGGCUCGGGGCUCCGCGCGGCGCCGGGAGGCCGCCCUCUCGCGUCUGCUGCCGCGCGGGGAGCCGGGCCGGGUGAGAGGCGGCGGAGAGCCCGGGGGCCGCGGGCCCGCGCCCCGCUGCCGCCCGCGAUGCUGCUCUCCAAGUUCGGUUCCCUGGCGCACCUCUGCGGGCCAGGCGGCGUGGACCACCUCCCGGUGAAGAUCCUGCAGCCAGUUAAGGCGGACAAGGAGAGCUUCGAGAAGGUGUACCAGGUGGGCGCCGUGUUGGGCAGCGGAGGCUUCGGAACAGUCUACGCGGGCAGCCGCAUCGCCGACGGACUCCCGGUGGCCGUGAAGCACGUGGUGAAGGAGCGGGUGACCGAGUGGGGCACCAUCGGCGGCGCGGCCGUGCCCCUCGAGGUGGUGCUGCUGCGCAAGGUGGGCGCGGCGGGCGGCGCGCGCGGCGUCAUCCGCCUGCUGGACUGGUUCGAACGGCCCGACGGCUUCCUGCUGGUGCUCGAGCGGCCCGAGCCGGCCCAGGACCUCUUCGACUUCAUCACGGAGCGCGGCGCCCUGGACGAGCCCCUGGCGCGCCGCUUCUUCGCUCAGGUGCUGGCCGCCGUGCGCCACUGCCACGGCUGCGGGGUCGUGCACCGCGACAUCAAGGACGAGAACCUGCUGGUGGACCUGCGCUCCGGCGAGCUGAAGCUCAUCGACUUCGGCUCGGGCGCGCUGCUCAAGGACACGGUCUACACCGACUUCGACGGCACCCGGGUGUACAGCCCCCCGGAGUGGAUCCGCUACCACCGUUACCACGGGCGCUCGGCCACGGUGUGGUCCCUGGGCGUGCUGCUCUACGACAUGGUGUGUGGGGACAUUCCCUUCGAGCAGGACGAGGAGAUCCUGCGAGGCCGCCUCUUCUUCCGGAGGAGGGUCUCCCCAGAGUGCCAGCAGCUCAUUCAGUGGUGUCUGUCCCUGCGGCCCUCGGAGCGGCCGUCGCUGGACCAGAUCUCCGCACACCCCUGGAUGCUGGGGGCGGAGGGGGGCCCCGCAGAGAGCUGUGACCUGCGGCUGCGCACGCUGGACGUGGACGACGGGGCCAGCACCACCUCCAGCAGCGAGAGCUUGUGAGGAGGGGCCCGGGCCUGGCUUGUGGAGCCAGAGGGACCCACCCCACCCGGGCUGUCUGCUUCCUGCACAGGCAGUGACCUCUGACUCCUGGUGACCUUUGCCUUCGGCACCGGGCUGUUUCCUUCGCUUUGAGUGCCUUUUCGAACGCUGCUCUCGCGGGACUUGGUCUUUUCAAGCUCUGUCUGUCCAAAGACGCUCCGGUCCAGGCGGGGGCCCGUCCGGCCUGGCCUGGGCAGGUGCGGGGCCCCGAGACCGUCCCUCUCUUGUGCUGCUCCGGGAGGCAGGCCUGUUGGACUGUGUCGGACCAGGAGCAUGUCCUGUGGCCUCAGCUCACGGGGAGGGGGGCACGGGGCCUCUGGUGCCCGCUCCCCCCUGCCCCCUCUUCCCGCGCCCGCCUGUCCGUCAGUGUUCGUCCGGGCACGUCUGUGCACUAGCAAUGCAACGUUGGGGCCUCCGCCGCCUGUGCGCGCGCACGUCUAUUUAUGGUCUGACCCUGAGGAGGGCUAUUUAUUGUUUAAUUUAUUUGCGGGCGUUCCCUCCUCCCGGCGCCCCCACCUUCUGCAGGCCCCGGGGUGGGGGUGGUGGCCGUGUGUGUGGACCCCAGGUCCCGGUCCUACCUGUGUCUGUCGGAAGGUGGACUUGUACAGUGGCUAAUUUGGGGGGAGAGGGUGCCUCCCCCACCUCGUGGCUCUGCGCCUCGGGCGUGGGGGGGGGGGGGGUUUAAAUUAUUGACCUUGUACAGUCCGCUUGUUGGCUCUGGAGGCUGGGGGGUGGGGGGACAGAGUCUCAAGCCUUUAAUUUAUUGUAGCAGCUGUCUCUGUGGUCCAGGUGCACACCGUGGAUGGGGUUUCUUUCGGUUCAAAAGUGAGAUGUCUGGAGAUCCUAUUUUUUAUACAGGUAUUUCAAUUAAAUCGUUUUUGUAUAUAA